AUGACUCCAAAUGGAGGGGUUGAUAGUGGAAAUAUGCCUUAUUUCUUUAAGCUUCGUUGUGAACACUGUGACGAGCUGUCGAAAAGACAAUGUGUCUACAUGUCUGGGGCGUGCAAAGGAUGCAAAGAAACUGGGGCUGUAACACUAAUUUCCGGUUAUGGAAGGGAUUUGACGGUGAGUGGAGCUUAUGCUCCGCUUAUGCUCUUUAAAUGUACUAACGGGCUAGUCCCGGAAGGAUAUGAAUUCAACGGCGGCUGGACCCUUACUACUGAUUCGAAUAAGGUUAUCAUGGACGUGAACUUGGUUAGCAAUUCCUUCUACGGCAACUUUGAUGAAUACGGAAAUCAGCCUACAAUUAAAAACACUAGAGGAAAGUUUACUCUUUACCAAGAAUAUUGA